AUGAUGCGCGGUGCGUCCCAACUGGCGGCUCGCUCCGUCCACCUUUCUGCGGCGUCACGCGCAACGGCUGCAUCAUUGUUGUCACCACUCCGCUUUUUCGGGUCCAAGUACACCGACGACCUUGGCAACUACAAGCGCCCCAACACGUAUGAGAGCCGCAGCGCUGCUCACCGUCACCCGACACGUAAGGAGAUGCUGGAAGGGCAGCGGACCGCCGCGGCUGCCUCCACCAACUCAGCAAGCGGCACUACAGAGUUUUCGAAGGCCUAUGCGUUUGCCGGGGAGGCGGAAGCAGAGGAGCCCGUGCAGCGCUGUAACAAGUACGAGGGCCUUUUCAAGAAGAAGUCGGAACAACGCAUCGCCUUCACAAGCAACUUCCGUGAGCCCGACAUGAAGCCUAUCUUAGGCGCAGCCGAUGAGGCGCCGCACCCAGACAUGGCGUGGAGGCAUUCGUCCGCCCCCGCUGCUGCGGACAGGGAUGAGACGGAUGUGACUCGCAUCUACAGCAAAGAAGAGGUCCGCAACAUGCAGCAGAAGGGGAAAGUGAGUACCGGCGAGGCUGCGAAAGUGAAGACGUCCAGCGGUGGGCUGGGCGGCAUCUCGCCUGCACCGGAGACAGUGCAGCGCACAGCGGCGGAGGUGGAGGCCCAAGCGCCGGAAGAUGACGAGGAUGAGUUUGCCGAAAUCCGCAGCCACCCAUUCUUCAUGGACAUGCUGCGCCGGGUGGAGCGCAACAUGAUCCGCUUCCGCAAGGAGACGCGCGCCGCGGGGCGGUACAGCCUAGAGGCUGUCAACGAGUGCGUACGGCCGUUGCUGCAGCUCACCGACUACCCGCUCACGGCCAGACAGCUGUCGCACCUCUCCCACAGCAUCAGCCCAGCAGUACUGAAAAGCUCCUUGCGUGACCGGGCUGCGUGCAAGCACCUGCAGCUCUACCGCUCGCAAGACACUGAUCUGCUGCUCGACUGGUCCAAGGAGGACUUCCUGCGGCGCCGCUACGAGAGCGUGCACCUGUCAUGGGAGCCCAUGGAUGUGAUUUGCCGCCGGUUUGGCUGGACGCCGGACAUGAUGUCAGACCGCGACUACCUCCUAUACUUCUCGGCCUUUCCCGAGUACGUCGAGAUGGCGGAGAUGCAGACCACCGCGAAAGGGGCGCCCAAAGCGAUUCCAAUCGAUGAUCCUGUGGCGCGCGCCGCAGAAGACCCCAUCCCGGCAAGCCGCCUGCUGCUCCGCCGCAAGGCCUCCGUGGACGCCGAGCCGUCCCUCACCGAGUCCAUUCGACUCAUGGGCAGUCCCGCUCUGGCGACGCCGGCAAAGGGGAAGAAGGCGCAGCGGAUGCGCCAGCAUGGCGGUGACUCAGUGGCCGACUACUUUGGCGCUGUCGAGGCGACCGCAAGCGCUGUCGACGGAGACGAAACGGCGAAGCUGCAGCAUGCCGCAGAAAACGUUCCGCCUCUGCGCCAGGCGAGCCAUCCCGGAGGCCGUACGAUUCGCGAGUUCUCCAUUCCAAAGUCGCACCUCCCCGAGGCGUCAAAGGCGCCUCCUGCAAUGCCGAGCGAGACGGACAUGAGAAGCGAGGCGAGCUUUGACCAAAAAACGUUCGAGGAGCUUUCCAACGCGUACCACAACAUCAAGGUAGAAAACUCGCUGCUACGCCGUCGCAUGCUCGGGACAGACAGCGUUGACAAGGCGCAGGAGAUGCAGAGCAAACUGGCGAGUGGCCGCCGCGAGCAGCUGCGGCUGGAGCAGGAGCUGGAGCGCAUGCGCGAGUUGAAGCGCAACACACCGAUAUCGAAGAACGGUCCCCACUUUGCCGUGCCGCGCGGGCAGCCACAGUACCCGGAGGCGCCGGAGCACACGACAGAGUACUCAAAAAACGGGAACGCCGUCGAGGACAUUGAUGACGACGAGAUCGAGCAGGCCUUGAAGGAGUUCAAGGAGAAUGAAGCGCUGCGGCUGAUGGAGAGGCGGUCGAUGGCAACUGCGGCGCGGUCGGCCCCUUCGUCGUCUCCUGACAAUGCCAUCGCCACUACCACCUCCGCUGACGCUGCCGUCGACGAUGGCAGCGAGGAAGUGGAGGAGGUGAUCGAGGUGGUAGAGGAUGAGGAUGAGGACCUGGUGGCGUCAGGCGAUGCGGCGGCGGUGGGGCCGCAGACCGGCGCCCAGGACGACGCUCUGACCGCAGAGAGCGAGGUGGAUGACUCAGCCGAUGCGCACUACGGUGCGUCCGCGGAUGCGGCGGCCAAUGAGUCACCAGAGAGAGGUGACCAGCCUUGGCAGGAUGAGCUGUCAGCCGCGGUUGAGCAGCACGAAGCCGAGAUGGAGGAGCAGGGGAGUGAUCUCACAGCUGCCUUCAGUGACACCCCUGCGACCACCCCCGCCUCUCGCUUAGAGCAGCUUGCUUCCCUGCACGAUCGACUGUCCUCGGCGGCGGACCGCGCCCGUCGUUAUGUGGCCACGGUGCAAAUCCGUCGGCAAGAUGUAUUGAAGAGGCUAGACUGCCAGUUGGCGGAUGCCAACACGAAGGUAGAGCAGCUUGAGGAUCAGCUGGACGCUGUCGAAGAGGAGCAGACCACGCUACGAGACACACUGGCUCGGGAGGAGGCGGAGCGCAAGGCCCUCGAGGUAGAGACCCAGCUGAAGGCGCAGCGGGAAAGGCGCUUGGCCGAGCUGGAGCAGCAGCGGGAGCGGGCGCGCCUCGCGCAGGAGGCGGCGGCAAGGGCCCUGGAGCGCCAGAAGAAGGCCGAACGAGAGGCGCUGGAGAUGGAGGAGGAGCUGCAGCGCAAGUUGAGGGAGGUGCAAGCAAAGCUGCGCGAUCUGCACGACGGCAAGUCGACUGCGAACGACUCCGCUGCUGCUGGUACCCCUCACGCCUCGGCAGCUGAAGAACUGGGGGUCGAGGACGCUGCAGAGGAGGAGCACGCGGUGACUGCCCAGGCAGGGAGUUCUCCUUCGCGCUCACGCGCGCCUGAGUCGGCGGCACGCGUCACAGCCUCCGUGCUCCCUGCAGCCACGGAGGAGACGCCAAACGCUGUGGAGGGCGUCCACGACGCUUUCGCUGCACCAGCGUCGACUGGCCAGUUCAUGUGCACGCCGGAGCAGUACGAUGGUCUGCAUUUGGCGGCGGAGCGACUGAAGAGGGAAAUUGCCGCAUUGGAGGCCCAGAUGGAGGAGGCAGGUGACGAGGAUGAUGAGACGCUGAUGGCUGUCCUGGCAGCGUCGCGCUCUGAUCUCGAAGAGCUGGAGGAGUGUAUUGACUCUGUGCAGGCAAACGCGCCGUGGGCUGCCACCCAUGAUGCAAAGCGCGCUCGCGAGAAAGCCUUGUCCUCUGAGGUGGCGAGCACCGACGCGCACCGGCUGCAGAGCUGCAUCGACAACCACCGCUUCCAGAUCUCGCUCCUGGAGAAGCGCCUGCAGCACGCCUCGAAGAAGGCGGUGAUUACGAAGCUGAAGGACCGUAUUGCUCAGGCUCGCAAGUCCAUUACUCAUCUGCGCAUAGAGCAGGACCGUCUGCGUCGCGCUGGCCGUGACUCUAUGGGGUUGCCACAGUCGAUGAGCAUUGCGGAGACGCUCGCGCAUGAGUUGAAGGACGAGGAGGAGGCGAGGCUGGAGGAGGCGCGCGAGGCUUCGGGUGAAGAUAACUGCGGAUCUCCUGUAGCUGCGAAGAAGUCGGGCUUGGACACCGACGCUCAGACCCCCGACGACGAUGAGUCCUACGAUGCCGUUUCGGACGCCACAUCACCUGAUCUCGUGGGGGAGUCGCCAUCGGCAGUGCACACGCCGUCGGCGCCCAACUCGGACGCUGAAAAGCUGCGCUUGCGGCUCGACAGCAUGGUGAAGGACAUCCAGCACCUUCAAGAUAGCAUUGCGGCGCAGGAACGCACUACGGACUACGACGACGACGAGACGGAGGUGGUGCUGCGCGAAAUGAAAGACAAGCUGAGCCAGCUGCUCCGUCUGCGCGACCAAGUGCAGCGGUCCUUGCUGGAGGAGUCAGUGAACAGCCCCGACACCGCUGGUGGUCCCACCCCCGUCAUCCGUCCAGCUUCAGCUGCCGCCUCAGCUCCGCCGGUAGUUGCCCGAGGCAGCGCCGCCGUCCACAGCGGCCCCUCGACUUCUCAGCACAGAAGACUUGACCGCGUGCCAAUCGCAUCCAAGCGGCUCCGGACCACUGCUCGCAGCUUUACCACGCAGCGCCAUCCUUAG